CGCAGCGGCGCGGGGACCGGGCGGGGGCAGAGGGAGGGCCCGGCCGAGGGAGGGGAAGGGGCCGGUCCUCCCCGCGCAGGCGGCGGCCGCGGCAGCCCAGGAGGCGGAGGCAGCGGCGGCGGCAGCGUGCCCGCUGCAGUGGCCCCGCCGCGUCGGACCCGCGCCCGCACCCGCACCCGCACCCGCACCGCGCCGGGGCGCCCUCUCCACCGCGCGCGGUACAAGGAAAUGCUAGAACUGGUGAUCUCACCCAGCCUCUCCGUAAACAGUGAUUGUGCGGGGAAACUGAAGCUGGGCCGCGCUGACGCCGAUGUCUGGACUCUGAGUGACGCUGCAGGCAUCACGGCAUCAGCCCCUCCGGCCCCUCCGAGCGUGUCCCAGCUCCUCGCGAGACCCUGCGCACGUAUCCUACCCAGCCAGCCUCCCUCCGCCAUGGCAGCCUACGGCCAGACACAGUACAGCGCGGGCAUCCAGCAGGCCGGCCCCUACACGGCUUACCCGCCUCCAGCACAAGCCUAUGGACUCCCUUCCUACAGCAUCAAGACAGAAGACAGCUUGAACCAUUCCCCUGGCCAGAGUGGAUUCCUCAGCUAUGGCUCCAGCUUCAGCACCCCACCCACUGGACAGAGCCCGUACACCUACCAGAUGCACGGCACGGCGGGCAUCUACCAGGGAGCCAACGGACUGAGCAACGCGGCCGGGUUCGGGAGUGUGCACCAGGACUAUCCUUCCUACCCCGGCUUCCCCCAGAGCCAGUACUCCCAGUAUUACAGCUCAUCCUACAGCCCUCCGUACGUCCCAGCCAGCAGCAUCUGCCCGUCCCCCCUCUCCACGUCCACCUAUGUUCUCCAGGAGGCAUCUCACAACGUCCCCAACCAGAGUUCUGAGCCACUUGCCGGUGAAUAUAGCACACACAACGGACCUUCCACGCCGGCGAAAGAGGGAGACACGGACCGGCCGCUCCGGGCCUCCGAUGGGAAGCUCCGAGGCCGGUCUAAGCGGAGCAGCGACCCCUCCCCAGCAGGGGACAAUGAGAUCGAGCGUGUGUUCGUGUGGGAUCUGGACGAGACAAUAAUUAUUUUUCACUCCUUACUCACGGGGACUUUUGCAUCCAGAUAUGGGAAGGACACCACGACGUCCGUGCGCAUCGGCCUGAUGAUGGAGGAAAUGAUCUUCAAUCUCGCGGACACGCACCUGUUCUUCAAUGACCUGGAGGACUGUGACCAGAUCCACGUCGACGACGUCUCGUCCGAUGACAAUGGGCAAGAUUUAAGCACGUACAACUUCUCCGCGGACGGCUUCCACAGCUCGGCCCCGGGAGCCAACCUGUGCCUGGGCUCCGGCGUCCACGGCGGCGUGGACUGGAUGAGGAAGCUGGCCUUCCGCUACCGGCGGGUGAAGGAAAUGUACAACACUUACAGGAACAACGUCGGCGGCUUGAUAGGGGCCCCCAAAAGAGAGACCUGGCUACAGCUGCGAGCUGAGCUGGAAGCCCUGACCGACCUCUGGCUGACCCACUCCUUGAAGGCACUCAACCUCAUCAAUUCCAGGCCCAACUGUGUCAACGUGCUGGUCACCACCACUCAACUAAUUCCUGCCCUGGCCAAAGUCCUGCUGUAUGGACUGGGCUCCGUGUUUCCUAUUGAGAACAUCUACAGUGCAACCAAGACAGGCAAGGAGAGCUGCUUCGAGAGGAUAAUGCAGAGGUUCGGCCGGAAGGCCGUCUACAUCGUGAUCGGCGACGGCGUGGAAGAGGAGCAGGGAGCGAAAAAGCACAACAUGCCGUUCUGGCGGAUAUCCUGCCACGCCGACCUGGAGGCGCUGCGGCACGCGCUGGAGCUGGAGUAUCUAUAGCGGGAGCCGAGGCGUCGCCAGCUGCUGCCACGGGGGCGUCCCACCCACCCAGGCCCCGCGCACCCCCCGCCUCCCCGCCGGAUGCUGGACACCGGGCAGGGUCCCUCCAGCCGAGAGGACGUGUCCGGUGACCAUCUCAGAAGUCCUUGCAGUCCAAAUGCGGGUCCUGAGAAACAGAGCAGCCAACAGUGGCUUUGGGAUGUUUACCUUUGGGGAAAAGGGCUGGCUCAGACUCCAGACCCUUCGACCAGACUCACAGAACAAAAGGAAUUGCUGAUUUGGGGGAGGGCUGCUGAUGAGAAGGGGACAGGCUCUUUUUUUUUUUUUUGUCAUUUUAAUUUAUGGACUAAUCUCAUUGUUCCGUAUUAUGCUCUCGUAUCUGUGUCGUUGGUUUUCUUAGUCGUUGGUUUGGUUUGGUUUCUUAAACUGGCAUGUGGGGUGGUGCACAGUUCUCAUUUAAGCACUCUCUGCUCCAAGUUGUGCUUUGGGGGACAAUCAUGCUUUGAACAUUAGUGAGGGAGGCACUUUGGGGCUGUCGGGAAAACUAUUGCUCAUUUUUGUUUCUAAGGACCUAACCUGACGUCAUGUGGACAGUGCACGUGCCUUAUGCUGCCAUCUUGUUUUCUAGGAAGAGGGGACCCUCGCUGGGGAGGAGGUGGUACUUUGUGACGGAAGAAGGCAUUAAAUAAAACCACGUUUACAUUUUGGAAUGGGA